ACAGAUUAAAUCCAAAUCAAAGUUAGCCUAAAUUCCUCAUAAAUAUCCGCAAUUAUUGCGCGAUGUGUCUCCUUGACGACGGACCGGAACCGGAAGUACGGAAGAAAAAUGGCGAGGCGCCGAAUGAAUUAUGUGAGAAUCAGUCUGUGUAGCGGCUCCAGCACCUUAUUCUGAGUUUUUAAAGCACUUUUAUGCCUUUUAUUUUCUCGAUUUUGAUCCGUUUUGUACUCAGGGGAGGAUGAGUGCUGAGGCAGCUGACCGGGUGGCGGCUGUGACCAGCAGCCGCCCCAGCACGCCUCUUCAGGUGUCCUGGUUCGAGUUCCUCCUGGAUGGAAGCCUGCUGGAGAAACACCUGGAGAAAUCCACUCCUGACCCCACGCCGGUGCAGCUGAUCGUCCAGUUCCUGGAGCAGGCCUCCAAGCCCUCGGUGAACGAGCAGAAUCAGGUGCAGCCGCCGGCUGACAACCGCAGGAACCGCACCCUGAAGCUGCUGGCCCUGAAGGUGGCCGCGCACAUGAAGUGGGACCUGGACCUGCUGGAGAAAGGCUUGACCAUUCCUGUCCUGAACAUGCUGCUGAACGAGCUCCUGUGUGCCAGCAAAGUGCCACCGGGGGUGAAACAUGUGGACCUUGACCUCUCCACCCUGCCGCCCACCACCGCCAUGGCGGUCGUCAUCUACAACCGCUGGGCGAUUCGCACCAUCGUGCUCAGCAGCUUUCCGGAGAAGCAGACCAAACCGGGACCUCACCAGAUGAACAUGUUGAACGUGGUGCAGCAGGAGAAAGAAAUGACGGAGAACAUCCUGGCUGUGCUGAAGGAGCAGGCGGCCGACUCCAUCAGCGUCCUGGAGGGAACCCUGAAGCUGAAGAAGGACUUCUACGUGCACACGCUGAGGACGCUGGACCUACUGGCCGCCGACGCUGCCGCUGCCAACGGGGAAACUGAGUCCUCCACCGCCGGGCUUAGGAUCAGCGCCAACGAGCUCCACUGUCAGGUGCAUUACGACCUGGGAGGGAUCUUCUUCCAGCAGGGCUGCACAGACCAGUCGGCCUAUGAGAAGGCUCGAGACCACUUCAGGCAGACGAAGGAGCUCCUGAAGAAGCUGGAGGCGACGGUGCACGUUCACCUGGAUGAGAGGCGGCUGGCCGGCUACUGGGACGCCUGCAGGGCCCUGACGGGAGACUGCGACCCCUCCGACCCCCAGACCACCCAGUACGACCAGAUCAACAACCUCAUCCGAGCACACAACUUCCAGGCUGUCAUCGAAGCUUUCAUCAGAGACAACACGAGCCGCAGUUUACCUAAACACUUCAGACGGUCGGUUCUCCGGGAGGUCCUGUACAGAGUGCAACAGGGGGAGGUGGGUCUGGAGGAGGUUUGCCACAAAGUCUGCGUCUGCAACGCGGUCCGAGACGUGCUGGAGGGAGAAGUCCUCAGCGUGCGCUUUCAGCAACUGCUCCUGAAGCCCAGCAGGCGGCUGGUGGACUUCAUCUUAGAGGUGAGCGCACGUUCUCUGGAGAGGGAGCGUCCUUCUGAGACAUCCAGAAGAAACAUGGCCCGUUUCAUGAAGACUCUGUGUGAGGGCUUGGAGGAGCUGCCUCUGGUGUUUGUGGUGUCGUCUCAUAAGCUGUUUGUGGAGCUGCUGAGGGAGGAGGAGAGGAAGGUCCUGGUGGAGGCCAUGAGGAAGCGCUCUGCCACCAUCAGCCUCAGCGCCAAACCGCUGCCGUCCUUCUACGACAUCCCAGCCUCGGCCUCGGUGAGCAUCGGGCAGCUGGAGCAGCAGCUCAUCCUGUCGCUGGACCCUCGCCGGAUCAGGCAGAUCCUGAUCGAGCUGCACGGUAUUGCAGAGCGGCCCUUCUGGAGGGUCAACAGCAAGUGGGAGGUUCCUCCAGACUACAUCAACGCCAUCCUGGGCAUCAAGGACAACCUGACCAGGGACCUGGUCUUCAUCCUCAUGGCAAAAGGGCUCCACUGCAUCUCCAUCAAGGACUUUGGCCACGGCCGGCAGCUGUUCUCCGCCUGCCUGGAGCUGGUCACUGAGUUCUCCCCGAAGCUGCGGCAGGUGAUGCUGAACGAGAUGCUGCUGCUGGAGGUGCGCGCCCACGAGGCGCUGGCGCUGGAGGGCAGCCGGGAGCGGCCGCCCCCCGACCUGGUCAGCAGGGUCAGAGGUUACCUGGAGAUGAGGAUCCACGAUGUGCCUCUGCGCCAGGUGGUGGGAGAGGAGUGCGUGGCCUUCAUGUUGAACUGGAGAGAGAACGACUACCUGACCCUGCAGGUGCCCUCCUCCCUGGUCAUGAACAACCCCUAUGUGAAGAUCGGCCAGCUUCUGGCCUCCACCUGCAAAGAGCUGCCGGGUCCCAAGGAGAGCCGGCGCACCGCCAAGGAGCUGUGGGAGGCGGCGGUGCAGAUCUGCAGCGUGUCGCUGCAGCACAAGCGGAGCAGCGACGGCCGGAUGGGGCUCAUCAAGCAGAGGGACUCGUCUCUGGGCAUCAUGCAGCGGUCGGAGCCGCUGGUGAUGACCACGCUCAUCUCGCUGUUCGUGAGGCUGCACAGCAUCGUCAGGGACGACAUAGUGAAUGAAGUGACCGCAGAACACCUCUCCAUCUGGCCGUCCACUCUGCCAAAAGCUGUCUGUCCCUGUGUGUGGAGCAGCAUUCAGGCCGUGGACGUGGAGGCCGUGGCCGUGACCGUCAAAGAGCUGGUCUCCUACGCGCUGACGCUCAACCCCAACAACCAGUCCUGGCUCGUCACGCAGGCCGACAUCUACUUCGGUGUGUGGCUCCGGCUCUGCCUGCAGGGGGGGGGUGGCGUGACCAACCAGUACUCUGCAGCUCUGAACUUCUACCUCCAGGCUGGAGCUGUUAGUUCAGACUUCUUCACCAAAGCAGUUCCCCCCGAUAUCUACACAGACCAGGUCCUGAAGAGGAUGAUCAAGUGCUGCUCCAUGAUGAACUGCCACACACAGGUCGCCGUUCUGUGCCAGUUCCUGAGAGAAGUGGACUACAUGACGGCGUUCAAAGCCCUCCAGGAGCAGAACAGCCACGACGCCAUGGACUCCUUCUACGACUACAUCUGGGACGUCACCAUCCUGGAGUACCUGACCCGUAUCCUCCCCAUGGGACCUCAGAACCCCCACCUGCUCCCUCUCAGCUCUUUGUGCCUCCUCAGCUGCUGCUCAGAUAUCCACCACAAACGGGGCGAGGCCGAGAAGAGGCAGAUAGCGAUUAAGGCCAUCGGCCAGACGGAGCUGAACACCAGCAACCCGGAGGAGGUCCUGCAGCUGGCCGCCCAGAAGAGGAAGAAGAGGUUCCUGCAGGCCAUGGCCAAACUCUACUUCUAGAGAGGGGGUCGGGGGG